AUGCCUACCCACCUCUCCGUCGCCGACGGUGCGGUCGCCAAAGACGGCCUGGCCGAGGGCGAAGCGGCGCAGUACGAGGCCCUCAAGCGCUCCGUGCUCGCCGAGCAGGAGCGCCAGAGGCAGGCGGAACGCGAGAGGCGGGUGAAUCUGGGCCUGCCGCCUGAGAUGACGCGGGAGGAGAAGAAGGAAGCGAGACGAGAGAAGAAGGGGAGGAAGAAACAGAAGGACAAGGAGAAAAGCAAGGGAGGCGGGCGGAGGAGGGUGCUGGGGAUGUUGUGUUUUGGCGCCUAG